AUGCAAAUGGGAGGGGGUUCAAAGGGAGAUCCCAACACCCCAGUAAGGCUAGAGGCUGACUCCCACAAUUAUUAUUCGCUUCGACCACGGAAAAGAAAGGAGAUAUUUAGCUCGGGAGCAGAUAAAUAUUCUCUCCGUCCAAGGAAAAUAAAGCACAGGUUUAGCAUGGGAGCAGACGAUGAAGAAAAAGACGAAUACGAAGGCUUGAAAUUUAACAAGACGCUGGGGCAAAGAGCCGAAACUAAGAAUUACAAGCCAAAAGUAGUGCUUGAAGAUAAUCUUGUUAAGACCUUUAGCCCUGAGACACCGAAAUGUGCUACCGAAAGAGUAAGAGAAGAAUUAUUGGGAGAUGAAGAACCCUUGGAAAGAUCCUGUAAGCGAGCUUUGGGUUUUGAUUCUGGGAAUAUUGAGAAAGAUGAUCUAGUUGCUGAAGCUGUUAAUAGCCCUGUUUAUGCGAUCCAAACUGCUGAUAGUUUCCCAUGCAGUCAAACUUUUUCGGGGGAUCCAAGCUCCUCAAAGAAGCUUGGUCCAUCGUCGGUUCCUUCCAAGAUUCUCCGGGCAAAACUUUUCCCUUAUUUCUUCGCUGUCAAUCCUGCAAAUGUUGUUUCACUAUAAUCUCUUCCGUUUCUGAUCCGAAGAGUUCUACUAUUAUUUGUUGCAGGUUUACCAUAGAAGAUAUGAGAAGAAUCAGAGACACAAUAAAUGCAUAAAAGUUCAGCCAUUCUUUCAGGGGCAUAACAAGCCU